AUGGAUAUAGUAGGUGGCAGCGCCCAGAGCGCCGUGGACUCGCUCCUCGGCCGGCUCAAGUCGGUGUUCGUGGAGGAGGCGCAGCUGCUGCGCGGCGUGCAUGACGACAUGCAGUUCAUCAAGCGCGAGAUGGAGAGCAUGAACGGCUUCCUCCUGGACGCCGGUGACGAAGGCCGCGGCAACGGCAACCAGGUCCGGGUGUGGAGGAGGCAGGUCCACGAGCUCGCCUACGACUCCCAGAGCUGCGUUGACCGCUACGUCCAGACCUUUGGCGCCACCCACCCGGCUGCGGGGGCGGGGCUUCUCGCCUCCUUCCGCAGGGUGCCGGUGCUGGUGCGGACCCUACCUAGCCGCCACCGCAUCGCGACGGAGAUCCGGGGGCUCAAGGCCCGGGCACUCGAGGUCGGCGAGCGGCGCCUGAGGUACGGCGUCGUCACGCCAGCCACACCUGGCGUGCAGGGGGGCGGCAUCAGCACGCUGGCGGCUCGCCGUGCGGCGAUCGCCAAUCGAGAGGCGGAGGACGCACGGAGGCGCCACGCCCUGGACAGUGCCGAUGUUCUGUUCGACGCCAACGCGCGCGCCAGGGAGCUGGUCGCGUGGCUGAUGGGCGCGCCACAACCCGUGCCACGUGUCAGGCUCCGGCGGAACCAGCUCGUGACCGCCGGCCAGCUGAUACAGAAGAUGUGGAGCGGCGGUGGUGGGCCCAACGAUCGUCAAGACCUGACGAUGGAGCUUAUAAAGCUCUUCCGGGGCCUGGAUGACAACGACAAUCCGGAGAACGUUGCCGAGGCUGCUGGCUACUUGAGUUCAGCCAUGCUUGAGGUGGACACGCAGGAGGUGAAGGUGCUAUCAAGCUGGCUGCUGGACAAGGUCUUAGGCCGUGCUGACCUGCCACAGCAGGAUCCGGAAACUAAGAGUGAAGCUGCAGGAAGCGAACUGUUCAUGGAUAUGUUGAAGGCGGUGAAAGAUCCAAUGGCCAAGUUCAUAGGCCAUGCUGAGAAUUUUAAAACCAGUACUUAUGAUAUGUUCGGUGUGUGGAAUAUGAUGGAGGACCUGAUUGAAGUGUUCAAGGCGCUGAAAGAGCCAAUUGAGAGGUUCUUGGACCUCGCUGACCAGCCACCGCAGGAUUCAUCAUCCUCCAAGGACGGCUCGCCGCAUCAACGACCUGCUGCAACUGCAAAUGAGGACCUGCUUGAGAUGGUCAAGGCCGCUAAAGAGCCGAUGGAGGUAGCCAGGGCGGAGGCAAGAUACGUGGCAGCGCAAGUCAAGUGGCUGCUAAAAAUAUUCUUCAGCGAGAAGUUUUCAUUCAAUCAAGAACAUGUACAGCACCCCAAAGUUGUCACCAUUGUGACACCACCAGUUCAGGACUUGAGCAACGAUGAUGGGCCAGAGGAACUACUUGAAGAGACUCAUGCGACGGAGCUCGCAAGGAAGGUCUUCGACCAUCCAAGAGCAAGUGACCAUUUCAACACCAAGGUGUGGGUCGAUGCCAAACAUAAGUCGAAGCUCAAGCCAAGGCUCAUGUCCAUUCUCCACCAAGUACUGUCGCCCUCUAGUACCGCUUCCAGCGAUGACAAUCUGGAGCCCACCAAGGACGAGGCCAGCCAAUGGAACAAUUUGAGCGAGGAGGAGCUCAAGACCAGGAUCGCGGAGCACCUCAAGGGCAAAAGGUUCUUGAUGGUACUCGCCGAUCCUGAGGAUGAAAACUCAUGGCAGGACAUAACCUCUGCACUGCCCGAUCAUGGUGACAGUGCUGUCAUCGAGACUCCAAGGAUUAGGUACAUGGCUCAGUUUCAUGCAUGGUACAAGGCCAGCUGGAUCUUCUUGCUCAUGGGCGCCUCCUCCCGCUACCAAGUGCAUUUCUGUUCCAACCUUGUUGGCAUACGCAAGGUAGCAGCUGAGUUGGUUGGCGGUGAUCAACUACCAGGCGGUAUCAGUGCAAUCCUCAAGAAAUGUCUAUGGGACUCCUUUGCCACCAAGAUGUUCCUCCAUGCCCUGUAUGCUAAUCCCCAUAGAAGCGAUGCAGAACUGGAAAGGUUGAUGCUUGGCCUGAGGUACUCUAGCAGCGUCAGCAAUGCCAGGCGCAUGGUACAGUUCUGUUACGAGGACCUACCCAGGCAAUACCAGAGCUGCCUCAUGAGCCUGUCUAUAUUUCCACAAGAAGGCAGAACAUUCAAGAGGACAAACCUAGUCAGGCGGUGGGCUGCCGAAAACUUUGUCAGUGCGAGGGAUGGGCUGGCUGCAGUGGAUGAAGCUAACCGCUGCUUCGAUGCUCUCAUUGCUCGAGGCCUCCUUCAACCCGCCGACAUUGGCCCAGCAGGCAAAGUCAGGAGCUGCACCCUGCAUCGUCAUGUCCACUCGUUCAUCACAAAAAUGGCCAGCUAUCAGACUGUUACCGACAAUACGGAUCUUCGAUCUGAACUGGCUCACCGACUUUCCACUCGCAGUGGAAUUCUUCAAUUACUAGUGGAGAAUCAGGCUGCUGCAAAUUCCAACACCUGCUGGGGAAUAAUCCAUAGGCACCGCCACACUCCUUCAGGAGACUUGACUCAUGAAGUGGUAACUUUGCUAAACUUGUUGCCUGCAUCUUCUGAUCAGCUAGGAUUGGUCAAAUUGCUAGAUCUAGAAGGCUGCAAAGGUUUGAAGAAGCGACACCUCAAGAAGAUUUGCAACAAGAUUUUCCAGCUCAAGUAUCUGAGUCUAAGGGACACGGACGCUACUGAGCUGCCAAAGGAAAUCAACAAGCUCCGGUACUUGGAGACACUUGACAUCAGGCAAACCAAAAUAAAGUCAUUCCCUUCAAACACCAUUGCCCUCCCAAAGUUGAUGCAUCUCCUUGCUGGUUGCAUAGAUCAUGAGAGCACACAAGUCAUUGAAUCAGACGGACGGUUUUCCACGGUGCAUCUGCCAAGUCAUGUUGGGAGUUUGACAAACAUGCAGGUGCUUUCCCAUGUUGAGGUCUCUGAGACCGAGAGUGACACAUCAGAGUUGACAGAUGUUGGCCGGAAGCUGCACUUGAGGAAACUGGGUGUGGUUAUCCGUGGCAAGGAUCCUCGCGGUGUUUUGCUUCGGGUCAUCGGGAUGCUGCAUGAAAGCCUAUGCUCAUUGUCAGUCCAUCUUGAACCAGUGAAGGCUGAGGGUGAAGUUUACUCCAUGGAACCACAGGCUCAUGGUGGCGAUGCUUUUGACAUACCCAAAUCUCUUGAAAGCCUGAACAUCAAGGGCGUGAUAAGUGAGCUGCCCACUUGGAUCAGACAGCUUCAUCGACUUUCCAAGAUAACCUUAUGCCGUACCAGCUUGAGAGAAGGAGAUAUACAGAAGUUGAGUGAGCUUGCCAACUUGCGCUGCGUCAGGCUCUGGCAUCAGUCGUAUACCAAUAAGAAGCUUACCUUCAAUACGAGAGAAUUCAGAAAGCUAGAGCUUCUUGUCGUUGAGGACUCAGGCAUAUCUGACAUCCACUUUGCUAACAAUGCAGCUCCUAUGCUCAAGAAGAUAGUUUGGAACUUCACCGGUGCGGAAGUUACUCUGUCAGGUAUCCAAGAGCUUCUAAACCUGAAAGAGGUUCAUGUCGGUGGCAAAUGUGACGAGAGUCAUCUCAGUAAGAUUAAACAAGACAUCAAAAAGAACCCGAACCUCCCUGAUCUUUAUCCACCAAUCCAUAAUAAGCCCAAUGCAGCUUCGGCUAUUAUUGCUGCCACCUCCACCGCUGCUACUGGUGCUGCCGCUGCAGCUUCAAGCAACGCCUCUGUUCCGAAGUAG